AUGAUCGACAAAGAACCACUUGCAUCCACUGUGGAUGACUGCAGUUCGGGUCCAGACAAAGAGUCCAAUGGCCCCGAUCAGCGCCCCCUCAUUGAUUGGUCUGACACCGAAGAACGAGCCGUCGUCCGUAAGCUCGAUCUCCUUAUCAUGCCUCUGCUCAUCGCCGGCUUCUUCGUCCUGCAGCUCGACCGUGGCAACAUCGGCAACGCCCUCACAGACUUCUUCCUCGCUGAAGUGGGCAUCACCCAAUUCCAGUUCAACAUCGGAAACCAGCUCCUCAGUCUCGGAAUCGUACUACUAGAGCUGCCGAGCAACCUUGUCCUCUAUCGUCUAGGUCCUCAGAAAUGGAUCAGCUGCCAGAUCUUUUGCUGGGGCCUGGUCGCCACGUUUCAAGCAUUCAUAAAAGGAAAAGGCGUUGGUGCAUAUUAUGCUACUAGACUGUUGCUCGGUCUUUUGGAAGCCGGCUUCAUUCCUGCUGGCUUGUACACUCUGACGCAGUGGUACAAACGUAACGAGACUAGUAGGCGCUUCACUGCCUUCUUCCUCGGCAACAUGAUUGCUUCAGCGGCAAGUGGUCUCAUUGCCUAUGGUAUUCUUCAGAUGAGAGGCGUAGCUGGACUGUCCGGUUGGCAGUGGAUGUUCCUUAUUGAGGGUAUCAUCACGAUAGUGGUCGGUAUUGUUUUCGCCUUUCUCAUGCCCAACUCACCCGCAAACCCGUCAAACAUUGUCGGUCACUUGUACUUUUCAUCACGAGAAAUCCACAUCCUCACCAAUCGCGUUGCCAUCGACAACCCUACCCAAGGUCCGAGACACAAAUAUGUCAAAUGGGUCGACAUCAAGUCAGCUUUCUGUCGGUGGUACAUCUACCCGCAGCUGACUGUCUCUUUCUGCUGCAUCGCCAUUAUCUCGCCACUCGGGACGUAUCAACCAUCCAUCAUUGCAAGCUACGGCUACGAUCGUCUUCAGGCAAACGCAUUGUCUUCAGUUGGUAGUUGGAUUGUCAUCGUGCUGAAUCUGUCAUUUGGAUGGAUCGCAGACAAGAGUCAAAGGCGAGGUUUUCUGAUUCUUCUCGCUACAGUCCUGAGUUUCGCAUUCUGCCUCGCGACUAGACAAUUGGCCACAAGCACGAACCGCGAUCUCAAAUACGGCAUCCUUACUUGUACCACGCUGUGGGGAUCUGUGGCUCAUCCUUUGAACGGGUCCUGGCUUGCCGUCAACAUUCGUAAUCCUGCAGAGCGGUCCAUCACGAUGGCUUUACUCAUCAUGACUGCCAACGCGGCUGGUUUGGCGGGUGCUCAGAUUUUCCAAGCACAUGAUGCGCCACUGUACAGGACAGGAUUUACCGUCAUUCUCACCCUGGCAUCUAUUGCUUUGGUAUUUGCGAUUGGCUCCAAUGCGCAGUAUCUCUGGUUGAAUAGGAAACUUGCCUCCAAGGCGCAGUUAGAAGAAGGAGGAGAAGCGGCAGGUGAAGGAAAUAAAUGGCGGUUCUCGCUGUAG